UAGACUUCAAUGUCAGCCCUUAUAGCGAUAUAUUGGCCAACGAUUUGGUGGCGAAUGUCGUGAAAGAGGGAAAAGUGGGAACUUAUCGACACUUAAGACUUCCCACGGAUUACGACAAAUGCCUCUCAAAUGACUAUUACUUGAAUACGGGUCAAAAAAGGGAUAUAUUGGGAUUGCAAUGGUAUGACUCCAGAAAAAUACCUGUUGUCAAUGAACAAGUUAGUUUUAGCAAUAAAUUCAUUAAAGCAACUCAAGUGGACAUAUAUUACUCCGGUAUCUCAUUCCAUGAUGUUAUGAUUGCAACAGGUCGCAUACCACCAGGGCCAGAAGUAUUAUUCUCUGAUUGUACGCUUGGCAGUGAAUUUGCUGGCCGUAGAGUAGAUACCGGGGAACGUGUGAUGGGUAUGAAUAUGGGCCGAGGGUUUGCCACGUCAACCAACGCCAGUAUCAAUAGCAUGACUCCCAUUCCCGAGCACUGGUCUAUGGCUGAGGCGGUGACUACACUCAGCACUUAUAGUACACUGUAUUACGCGCUCAUCAAAAAGGCUCAGAUUAAGAAAGGUGAAAGCAUCUUAAUUCACUCGGCUGCUGGAGGUGUGGGACAGUCGGCUAUAAACAUGUGUCUCCACUACGGGUGCGAUAUCUAUGUGACGGUUGGGACGGAAGAGAAAAAGCAAUUCCUUGUGAAGGAGUAUAACAUUCCUGUGAACCGGAUAUUCAACUCAAGAGAUAUUCUCUUCAAGAAUCAUAUCAUAGAAGCCACGAAUGGCCGGGGAGUUGAUAUCGUACUGAACUCACUGUCCGGUGACAAACUGGACGCUAGCUAUGAAUGUGUGGCAAAUUGUGGUCGAUUUGUAGAGUUGGGACGUUUUGAUAUGAUCCAGAAUAAAAAACUGGGAAUGUUUGACUUCGUUAGGGAUAUACAGUUCCUAUCAGUAGUACUGGACGUUAAGCUUAUAGACGAUAUGAAUUUUUGUCAAGAAUUCUACGAUUGGAUGCAUAAGAACUGUACGAAUGGUUGCGUAAAACCAAUCAAUUAUAAGGUAUUUAAUGCCUCGGAGGCCGAGAAGGCGUUCCGAUUCAUGACAACCGGUAAACACAUCGGGAAAGUAGUCAUCAAAAUGAGAGACGAAGAGAUGGAUAGACAGCCACUGAAA